GCAGUGGACCAACAUGCACCCUGCACUUGUUCUCUCCUAUUUUCUUGUGCGAAAACUUCGGCAAAAGUCCUCUUCUCGAUUUCCCGCUAAGCAAACUCUUUCUCCCCUCGUGCUCCUCUGCUCCGGCACUAAACUAAUCCCGGAGCCAUUUGGUGACUCCGUCUCUGUGCUAUUGCGCACUAAUUCCCUUCCUUUUCUCCUCUUCUGCAUCUUGGUCCUCUACGCCUCAAAUAAUCUUCUUUCGCGGUCUCGCUUUUGCUUCUCCCCCUCGUCAUAGGACCUUAAUUCUGAGCCGUCCACUUUGUGGGGUUAAUUCUAGACCUACAAGGAAGCUUUACUUGAUCAAUCAAUCUCAUGUUCGUUCGCUACAUGCUUCUGGGUCUAGCAUACACACCU